GCCGGCCUCCCCCGAACCUCGACCAGCUCCCUCCAAGCCGGGCUCCAGAUACUAGGCUACGACCCAUGCUACCACACCAUCCCGCAUCUCCUCCCCAAUGCAUCUAUUCAAGGCCCCAUGUGGCUAAAAGCAAUAAACACGCGCGACAAAGCCGUGCGCCAAAAUAUCCUUGCGGAGAUCGUGUCUGGCUACUCCGCUAUCGUCGACGGACCAGGCUGCUUCUUCGUUGAAGACUGGGUGGAGAUGUAUCCGGAUGCAAAGUUCGUUCUGGGUAUGAGAAAGUCUCCCCAAGCCUGGCUUGACUCCGUAGUGGGCUCUAUAGGCAAAGCCUUCGACAAAGGACCCAUAUACUACCUCGUCUAUUUCGUCCCAGAGAUGCAUUUUGGUUUCAUUAUGAAUAACCUCUGGGACGCGCAAACGUUCGAGAAGUACGGAGUGCGUGUCCGGACCACGGAUUUUUAUCUCAAGCAUAACAAUGAGGUUAGAAGGAUCGUACCGAAAGAGCGGCUUUUGGAGUUCCAGGCGGCGGAUGGGUGGGCGCCCUUGUGCGAUUUUCUAGGAAAAGAGAGGCCUACUGGAGAUUUCCCGCAUGUUAAUGAUAGUAAGGCGGCGAAUCGGCUCAUGAGAAGUUUUGUGAUGAACGGACUAGGUGUUUGGACUGCGAUUGCGUUGGGUGUUUAUGGCGCUUACUGGGGGUUAUCGUCCUUAUUGUUGUAG